AUGUGGACUCCGGAGCCUCCCCCCAGCAAGGACGCCGUGCGUAACUCCAUAUUGGCCCAGUUGAACACCAUCAGGACUGCAGGGAGGGGCCACCACGAGUCGUCUGAACAUCUGCAGUCGCAGUCGCAGCACUCUCCGAGCUUUCCGUCCUCCCCAUCUCAUAUUAGUACUGGAAAUGGCCGUCGGGCCAAUAUGGGGUCUCUUUCCUCGUCGGCUUCUCCAAGAACGCGACGUUUGCCGCCGAUAUUCGCAGAACAACGACAGAACACGGCCAGGAUCCGCCAUGUAUGCGGCGGCCUCAAUGAGAUACUGCAAAAGCUUGACUUGGACUUUGCGCAUGUUGGCGGUAAAAUUCGGGCUGCGAUAAAUACAGACGGCGUUUUGGGUCGGCCCGAUAUGCCCGGGGCGGCUACCAUGCGGCUACUGCAGCUCCGCUCACGUCGUCAGUUUCUUGCAAAGUUGCGACGCACCCCGCCUCGAGAACAGAUCUCUACGGAGGAAGAGACGCGUAAGGGGGCCGUCUCGGAGGAGUUGCAUGAUGAGAUUCACCGUGCACGUCUCGCGGCUGCCGACGAGGGGCUGAGUGACGAGCAGUCUGUCAGCGACUACGCGGAGGAGCCGGAUGUGCCUCGCUUUGCCCCCGCCAGUCGACUGCGGGAUGAAGUGGAGGCGAUGGAAGCCUCGUUGCGAAAGAUCAGCGAGUGCGUUACGGCCAUGUCGGUCAUCGAAAACUGCGACGCCGGCCAACCGUGGUGGGAGUCCGCUAUGCGAACACGCGAGAUGAAGGCGCUUGGUAUUCGUGCCAACUACCAUGCGCGUUCUAUUAUUAAAUGGAACCAACGAGCCCGCGAGCACUUUCUUGUUGAGGCAGUCACGUCGAAUGAACAGAUGGAGCGGUGCCGGACAGACAUGUUGUACCUCCGCGAGCAACAGGACCUCUUUCAGAAGCGUAUCGAGUUGUGCCACGAGGAACAGGCCAGUACCGCGGAGGAAAUGAAGACAGUACAGGAGUUGCUCUACGACAUCAACCGCUUUAAGAGUGAUUUGCAGCAGCAGCUUCUGGGCGUGGCGCACGAGCGGCGUCUAUUGCCAGACGAAUGCGAAGACGCCAGGUUGGCGGAGUUGGUGCUGCUACUGGAGCAUGUAAACUGGCCAGCGUCGCUACGGCCGGAUGUUGAAUGUGUAAAGGAAUGGGUUCGUGAGAACGUCAUCCCAUUCGAUGUAUAG